CCAACGUAGUGUGAAAAAACGUUUACAAAAAUCUGAAAUUUCUUAGCUUUAGCGGUUUAGUUUAGUUUUGGAGCACAAAAUUCAACAACGUAUUGUUAAUAAUGAAAUUGUUAACGCUUGUGCAGAGCGCGCUCGCCUGCAGCAGCAGAUGGAGGAAGUGCGCGCAGCCACAGCUGCUGAGCUCGCUCAGCUUGCAGCAGCUGCAGCAGCUGCAGCGCUGCCUGCAAACGGAUCUGCUGGCGUGCGAUGCGCGCUGCUCGCUGUUUGUGGCCGCUGUGCACAGCUAUCGCUAUGAGCAGCUGCUGCAGCAUUGCCUGGCGGAGCUGCAGUUGUCCAUCGACGAUAUCUACGCUGUGCUGGGCAGUCUGGAGCGCUUGGAGCUGCUGGCGGCGCAGCUGCAGCAGGGCAACUAUGGCGGCUAUGAGGCGCGCGUUUAUCGACUGCUGCACGGGCUGCUGGUGCAGCAUGGCGAGCGUGUGGCGCUCAGCACGCUGCAGGCGGCAGAGUUCGAGCCGCUCUAUGCGCAUCUGCAGAUACCCAAGCCCAGCUGCAGGCCCACGCACAUACUGGAGGUGACGCCGAGUCUGAAGUGCGCGCAUACGCAGGCCUAUGCGCGUUUGCAGGCGACGCAUCAGCUGCGCUUGGGCUUCUAUGCGGUGCCGCUGCAGCAGCUGUACGCUAUGCUGACGGUGGGUGGACUGCCGGACAAUGGGCCAGUGCGCAUUACCACGGACUUGGAGGAGGCGCUGCAGCUGGCGCAGUUGGGCGUUGCUUGGGGCGCCUCGCGUUUGGGCGCGCUGCUGCGUUGUGUGGCCAUUGUGGAGUUUGCGCUGGUGCCGCAGCUGGUGCAGGUGGAGCAGGAUAAUCGCCAUGCUGUCAUUAGCGAUGCCAGCUGUCUGCAGAUUUCAUAUUUGCUCUGCUUUGGCGAGAGUCUCGCUGCGCAGCCCGAAGCGCCGCAGCGCCAACUGAAGCAGCAGCUGCAGCAACUGCUGCUGCCCCUCACUUCGCCUUGGCCCAAGCUCACCGAGCGUGCUGGCGCGCUUUUGCAUUGGGCUCAUGGCAAUAAAUACAGCCUCACACUGGGCGUAUACUUGAUGUGCGUUUGCCUUACGCCGCCCAGCGGCAGAUGCGGCCUGUUUCACAGUUUAGCCAGCAGUGCAGCGUAUGCGCUUCGACGUGGAUUUCUCAAAUUGUAAAAUAAAUUCCAGCGGCUGCCUUAUUGACAAAUGUAAGCACUUUAUUGCUAAAGUGUUUAUAAUUGUCAAUAAAGUAACUGGCAACUGGCAUGCAAAUUAUUAUUAAGCUU